CCCAUCCUCAUUUCUCAUCCCUUUCUAGUUCCACGGUUCCUUCCUUCUAUCUAUUUCUUUUGCUUUGAUUUCUUUCUUCAUCAACAGUCAUGGUACUUGCUGGUAAGCUUAUUACUGAAGUUGGGGUCAAAACCCCAGCUGACAAGUUCUACAACCUCUUCACAACUCAGCUUCACGAUGUUCAAAAGCACGCUGAAAAAGUGCAUGAAACCAAGGUUCAUGAAGGCGACUGGCAUGGUAUUGGCUCAGUUAAACAUUGGACUUACGUCGUAGAUGGCAAGGUGAUCACAUGCCUGGAGCGUGUUGAAGCCAUUGAUGAACAGAACAAAACAAACAAAUACACCCUUUUCGGUGGUGACAUCGAUCCGCACUACAAGAACUUUACGCUGAUUUUACAAGUGAUUGAUAACAAAGAUAGCCAUGCUGUUGCUAGGUGGACUAUUGAAUAUGAGAAGCUCCAUGAAGACAUUGAACCUCCAAAUGGCUACAUGGAGUACUUUAACAAGCUCACUAGAGAUGUUGAUAACCAGAUUCACAAGGCAUAGAACAAGAAAUCAUGAAGGAAAAAACAAAUAUAAGAAAUAAAUGGGCUUGGUUUGAGUACAAUGAAGUGUUUAUCUAUGUAAUCGGUGUGAAGUUUAAUAUGUAGCUCACUGGAGAUCCUUGUUUGCUUCUGUUGAUCGUUUGUUUGUAUUGAAUAAGGAUGCAUCUUGGUGUUCUCUUCGUUAAUCGUCAUAAUGCAAUAAAUAAAUGAUUAUUUAUGUGUGCUA